UGAAGUCCGGCGAUAGAUUUUGAGCCAGUCAGUCAGGUAGUUGAACGGAAAAUGUCCUAAUGGUAAAGUUAAUAUUCCUCGCUCGUUUUCUGUGCUGCUUUUCUGACUUCAAUAGUAGCUGUAACUAGCUAGUUAUAAAUGAUUUGAACUCCGAGCAACGAGAAACGGGAUCUGUCUUAGUACAGCCGCAGCUAGCCAUCCUAUUAGCAUUCUAGAUAGCAAGGAUAGCAGUUCUUUAGAAAGUAUAACAUGAAAUUGAUAUAGCCGGCUUAAGUUUCGUACAUUGACUCUCUUGUCAUACUUCCUGGAUACCAUUCUUACUAACCAUAACAACUGUCGACUACUGAGCGUGAGAAACGCAGUUGUGUUGCCACCAUAGGCCAUGGCAGAAGAACCUACUCAGCUCUGUACGAACUGCAAACGUGACAUUCCAGAGGCUAAUUUCACCACACAUGAGAUACAUUGUCGACGGAACAUAGCUCUGUGUGACGUCUGCCAAGAGCCUGUUCCCAGAGCAGAACUACAGCAGCAUCGAGAUGAGGAGCACACACAGGAACAGUGUAAGUGUGGCUUGAAGAUUGAGAGAAGGCUUAUGGAGACUCACCAGAUGAACGAGUGCAGUCAGCGCAUGGUUCCUUGUCAGUACUGUGAUCUGGAGCUGGCCUACUCUCAGGCAAAGGAACACGAGGACUACUGUGGGACUCGGACCGAACCCUGCCCGCUCUGCAAAUGCAACGUCAUGCUAAGGGAACAAGACAUCCACCCAGCGCUGUGUGGGAGUUUGACUCCUCCAGAGGAACGCAGCAGCACCCGCGUAGAGCCCCAUUCGCCGGGGGCUUGGUUCGAGACCCGCGCCAUCCACAACAUGCUGCAGGCUCAAGAGAGGAGUUGGAAUAACAACACCGCAGGUGGAGCAGAGCGUAGGAUCCCUCCACGGCCUCUAGAGGGCAGACUGCACAACAAUACGAGAGGGACAAUGGGGUUUGGAGGCCUACGGAACACGGCACCCAGGAACAACGACUUCACUAACUUGCUGGAACAGGAUGUAACGGUGGGAAGCAACAACAAUAACAGUCUGAUGUGGCGUCCGGAUCAAUCCGGCUACGAUUCGUCGAGCCUGGACUACCUUCUUGCCCUCAGCCUCCAGAGCGACGGAGAGGCAGAGGACGCUGGUGAACACGGAGCGUGGACUGACGUCUGGGACGACCGCUUUGGACGGAUGUCCUCCUGCACCGCCCUCGGUUCACAGUUUUCAACCACCGCCACCAGUACCACUACCACCAUCAACAACAACAACUACUAUAACAGUGCCCCUGCCCCGAGAAACCCUGGCAGCAACCCCGGCCUGGCCUCAGACAUAAUGCUGCCUUGUGAGUUCUGUGAGGAGCUGUUUCCAGAAGAAGACCUCAUUUUACAUCAGACUGGUUGCAGCCCAGCCUCAGCUAUUGCUUCCUUCAGCAAGCAACCUCCAUCUCCGUACGAGAGCCGAUCCUCGCAGGGGUUUGGGGAGGUCGUGCUCCCGCGCACCCCUAGCCCCCCAACUCUACCCCGUUCAGUUUCCCCUCUGAACUUCAGUCCACCCUCCAGUCCACUAGAAGGCAACAUUGUCAUUCCCUGCGAAUUCUGUGGGGUUGCCCUUGAAGAGAAUGUUGUUUUUCACCAUCAGGAUAAGUGUGACCUCCGACCCAAGACGGCUUAUUCCUCGGAUAAAGGGUCUUCGGGGAACGCAUUCCGUUCUGUCAGAGAGGGAAGAAGUUCACCCGAGCGACAGAGACGACUUCGACAUCAGGCUGAUCCGGUAGAUGACUUUCUUGGGCAGGACGCCCAGGGCUGGUCCAACCCUUCGGACCUUCAUCCCAGGACUCCGGUGGCUCGCUCUGGGAAGAACACCAAUGCCGAGCGGCACGUGAGGAGCAAGUUCCAGCGGGGGAGGGAGGACGAAAGUGUCAUAACGCGCCCAGCGCCACUGACUGACAGACAGAAAACCAGCCCCACCUCAUCUUCAGGAACCCCCUUCAGAGCAGCAGAGGGCAGAAGGAGCCAGAAGAACACAGGAGCAUCAAAGUUGCCUAAGAAGAAGAAUCUAGAUGAAGAAGAAACAGAAGAAGAGUGAAGGAAAAUGAGAAACAUGGCCAGCUGCUCAAGUUAUUUUACUGGAUCAUGCGAACAUAUGACUGGGCUAUUUACAUGAGUGCCCACGCUGUUUGUGUGUGUGGGUGCGUGUACAUGUGUGGGCGUGUGCAUGUCUUUGUCGUAAUGAAUGUGUGACUUCGCUACCUUUUGAACU